CAAACUGCUGCCACCUCGGCCAGGAGUCACUCAGGUGCAGACAUCCUCACUUGAAGGCAGAGGAGACUUUUGAGGACCUUAACGUCUCCAGCUGAGAAGCAUCAGCUGAACAUACCGAGAAACUCCACUGCAACACAAACCUGACCAGCAUUAAAGGAACCUGAAUAUGGGGAGUCCAGGCUGUGAGCACACAGGCUGCACCACACACUCGCCACUCUACAUCAACCACCCUCACACCAGGACGGCCUGGCUGGACGGUUCAGAGGACAUCAAACCUCCCCACAGUUUGUUGGGUUUCCCUGAGCUCAGUUGGCCGGGAUUGUACAUUCCCUCCAAUGACAGAUUAGCUAUUGAGGAGAAUCCCUGGGUGCUGAGAAGGACAGAGACCCCUGCUCUGGCUCCUCCUCCCUCCAGGUCUCCAGAGCCGAGACCGCUUGCCCCCCAAACCCAUCAACCCCCAUCUGAGAUGGAGGGUCAGGUGGAGGAGCGCUGUCUGGAGCAGGUUCAGACCAUGGUCGUGGGAGAAGUCCUGAAAGAUGUCGACACCGCCUGCAAGCUGCUCAACAUCGCACCAGAUCCCCUGGGCUGGAGCUGUGUGCACGUUCAGAAGUGGUUGCUAUGGACCGAGCACCUCUACAGGCUGCCAGAGGUGACCACGAUGUUUCAGGAGCUGAGUGGGAGAGAUCUGUGCUCCAUGACCGAGGUGGACUUCAGACAACGCUCUUCCCAGUUUGGAGAUGUCCUUUAUGCUCAUCUGGACAUCUGGAGAUCAGCUGCAGCAAUGAAGGAGCGCUGCCCACCAGAAGAUAGUAAAUCUGCAGCGGAUGAGGACUCCUGGUCAGAUGUGGUGUGUCAUUUUCCCAACCAGCCGAUCCACUUGUGGCAGUUCCUCCGAGAGCUGCUCCUCAAGCCUCAUAACUACAGCCGCUGCAUCCGCUGGCUCAACAAAGAGAAAGGGAUUUUCAAAAUAGAAGACUCAGCUCACGUGGCCAGGCUAUGGGGCAUCAGGAAGAACCGCCCGGCUAUGAACUAUGACAAACUGAGCCGUUCCAUACGCCAGUACUACAAGAAGGGCAUCAUCCGAAAACCUGACGUGUCCCGCAGGCUGGUCUACCAGUUUGUGAACCCUGUAUGAUGAAGGCGAUCCGCGAGGAGAGGAGAAUGAACUGAGGAGGAAUGAAAGAUAUGCUGGACAUACAGUAAAAGUAGCACAAACUCUGAAGUACAUUCCCUCACUGUAUUUAAUGUUCCAUUUCAAUUGUAAAGACUGCCUACUAUGACAUGCACUCCUGCCUAUCAUUCUGCUUCACAGUUCUUAAAGCUGUACUCCGUUUAGUUUUGUCUUGUGGUUGGCUUUAGCGCUCACGUAUGAAAUUGCUUUUUGGCGGAUUCGCAAAAGGAUGCAACUUCGUUUCUUGCCGAGAUGCUUUAGUCUGUGUGCUUAAUCACUGGAUUGCUGAUGAAGGGGAAGGCCAGGGCCACUCUAGUGGCUAGAAAGCUUGUUAGCUCUCAGCAUUUGCAGGAAAUGGGGACAAAAACCUGGAAAACAGUGAACUGCUGUUUUUGCACUUCACAUUAAACAAAUGACAUAGGUAUUGUAUAGUGAGCUUAAGAGUGGUGGGGUUUUGUUGCUUUGGGGAGAAGUAAGUUGUGUGAACUUGUUGCUGGCUAAGCUAAGGGCUGUGAGGGGGUCAAUAAGCACUGUUGCCACUGCACAGUUUUCAGUCGAUGGAUUCAGUGUGUUGAAUCGGUGGUGUGUGUAAGGAAGAAAUGGAUGUCGGCAAAUGACUAAGUCAGCCACUCAGAAGUUGUUUUACUUGCACAAAUACUUACACAGUGACACGAUCAUAUAGAACGAAUAAACUGUAGACCACCUGAUCAGCACAUUUCGUGAGAGGCCAGCUCUGUGUGAUGACUUGUGCUUUUCGUUUCCCCUACUGCCACUUGCUGGUGUGAAGAGUUAUUUCCUUUUAUAAAGGUACAGAAUGUGUGUGUCAACUGCUCAUUGGUUGUCGUCUUUGUGGUGUGUCAAAGUGAAACUUUUUGGUCCACAUAGUCGGCCUUCGUCGAUAGUUGCUCUCUGAUGUCAGUUUGGUGUGUCAGUGCCUUAAAUACUUUCUCUAAAGACUCAAGAGUGGUGACGUUUGGAAACAAACUGAAUAAGCAUUUUCUCCAUAAAUGUCUCUUUUUUUUAUAAUGAUAUUUUCUGUCAUUCCCCUUCAACUGUAUUUAGAAGUUGCAGAGCAAUGCCUAAGUAUGAGAAUGUUCUAUCGAAUCUAUCUUGAUAAAUAUGUGUCUGUCUAUUGGGUUUAUGUUCAGGAUCGACAAUAAAGCAAUAAAUUAUUAUUUUAAAAUCAGAAAAAAAGGUCUUAAAUCACUUAAAAUCACGCAUGCAUACAGAAAUAAACACACAGACACUACCUUUUUUUUUUUUUUUCAACAAACUUGUUUCCCUUUCAAACCAAUACCGCAAUAUUGACACCAGCACAACAAAUUUGAUUUGGGUUUUUCAUCACUAUCGUCAUUAAUAUCUGUGAUCAUAAUCAUCUUUAUGCAUAUUUAAAUGAACUUCUUGUUACAUCAAGAUGAACAGGCACUACACCAGUUAGGAGAUAAAAGUACAUCACUAACUAUGAACAUACAUCUUCUAGACCGCUAAUAUAGGGUUUCCACAACGUGAGCUGCUGUCCCCUGUGUGCAUAAGGAAGAGAUCAACAUAAAAAAAAAAAGCAUUUACAUGUACACCUUUUUACUGCCUCAACAUGGUUAGGUCUCAUUUUCAACUCAACACAGUUGUACAGUUACGAUAGAAUAUAAUCUUUAAAUUACAUCAUCAUAUACAAAUCUGACAGCGUGGGAUAACGUCACGCUUUUAUGAUACACUGACAAUUCCAUUGCAAUAAAAUUCAUACGAUAUGGUACCUAUCACUUAAUAUGUUUUCCAUUGCUGUUAUUUAAUGAAACACAUUUACAUGUAUAACACUACAUUUUGUCUUAAUAGUCACUUGCAUUUUUUUUUUUUUUUUUUAAACAUUUUAUUACUUUUUUUUUCUGUUACAUUUA